CUUACCACGGUGGCGGUGGCGCCGGCCGGUUGCCGUGGUGACGGGGCCCGGGCCGCCGCCAUGCCGCUGUUAUGUCCCCAGGAGGAGGCACCGGCGCCGCUGCCCGACAACCCGCUGGCCCUGGAGCCGCCCUCACUCGGGGACGGCCUGGUGGUGGAGAGCGAGCGCGGCCGCCAGAGGCUCACCAAGAUCCCGUACCAGGUGUACCUGGGCCACACCAGCCAGGUCAGCUGCUGCAACUUUUGUUUUGACGACACCAGGUUCAUCACCAGCUCCUUCGACGAAUCAGUAAUCCUCUGGGACGUGGCGACCAGAUGCCAAGUAUGCGACUACAGGCUGCACUCUGCUCCCGUCACCGAGUGCUGCCUCAGUCCCGACAACCAAAGACUGUUCACCUCCUCCUGGGACAAAUCGCUGAAGGCAUGGGAUGUUGAAACGGGCAAAGUUCUGUGGGCAGUAGUGCACCACCGCCCCCUGACCUGCUGUGACAUCUCCUUCGACGGGCGGCACGUGGUGUGUGGGAGCGACAUCAACAAUGCCGUCUACAUCCGAGCAUCCGACUCCGGCUACCCCAUCGCCAGCCUGCAGGAGCAGCACGGCAGCACGGUGACACGGUGCCGGUAGCCAGACGGACAGCGCGUGGCCUCCACAUCCUGUGACCGCACAGCCCGGAUUUGGGAUAUGCUGACCCGUCGCACCACCAUCACCCUGCAGGGGCAUGGGAAUGUGGUUUCAGACUGCUGUUUCACACAGCAGGGGAACGCACUCUGCACAUCCUCCUGGGACAGGACGCUGCUGAUUUGGGACGUCUCCGUGGGUCAGUUUCGCUCCCAGGGCCCCCUGAAGCUGGCAGGUGGACACAGGGGCUGCGUCAGCUCCUGUACCUUCUCCCGGGACGCCAACCUGAUCGUGGCGGGAUCGUAUGACCACUCGGUAUCAAUCUGGGACACGGCUGGUCUGUACACCAAGCUGGUCUUGAAGCACCACAAUGACUGGGUGACGGACGUGGACAUUUCCGCGGACAACGCCAGAGUUCUGUCCGCCUGCAAGGAUUCCACGGUGCUUUUAUGGAACAUCGAGCGACUAGACCAGAUCCCAGCGGUGCAGUCUCAACGCAAGCUGGGCGGCGAGAACGUGGUUCAGUGCGCUGAGUGCCACAGGCCCUUCUCCAUCUGCCUCGAGGACUCGAGCUUGCCGACGUGCUGCUCCUUCUGCCGGUUGUCGGCAACCGGACCGGACCUGCCCGAAGUCUAAUCCCAGCCCACCCACCUACCCGCUC